AUGUUACCGGUGGGAGCGGGGCUGCUGGGAACAGGCAAAGCAUACGAACCUUGCCUCCUGGUCUUCAGGGUCUGCGGCUCCAACGCCGCGGCUUUCACGUGCAUUAUGCAAAAGAUAUCCACAAAUCUGUCUCAACCUCGACUACGAAGCCUAUCGCUGUUCUUGGGUUGGAGCCCUCGAGCGCGCCGAAACCACAACAAGCUGUUCCCGCUCUACGUUAACGGCGUGGCAAAGUCAUACUUUAAAAUCAGCGCCAGCCGCGACUACGCGCAGGUGCUCCGGCGCCUGCUGCGGCGAGACCCGCUGCUCACAUUUGCCCUCCAAAAAGCCAUUAAAAACCUUUCAAAAGGCGACUGUAAGCCCGUCAGCCACGUCACCUCCGACCCCACCGGGCAGUCCGCGUCGCUCUAUGGCCUCCGCAUCACCCCCUGCGUGUGGUCGGACACCAACGGACACAAGCUCCCCGCCCUCCUCCUGGAGCACAACGUGCCGUACGAGUCGCAGGAUGUCAUGCCGCGCCUGCUCCGCGACUACGCAGUCCUGUCCCACGUGCCUUCCAUUCUCACACUUAUAGACUUCAACGGCCACGUGUUGUACCAAAACGCCGCCAGCAUUGACUACUGCGGCGACCUGACCAGCCACAACGUGGAAACCGGCGACGGAAUGAUGGGUGUGUUGUUUCAGUACGAGCCGCAGCUGCUGCAGGAGAUGCUGCAGGAGGUGAAUGAGGGCAACUACUGGCAGCAGGUCGUGCGCGUGCCGGCCUCGCUCAAGCGGCACAUGGUCUUUGAGGCGGAAACGACCUGGAGCUACGGGAGCCGCGGCGGCGGCGGAAAGAAGCUCACUGCUGCCGUCAGCAAGCGCUUCAUUCAGGACGCGAUGGAGCCGGAGUUCCAGCUGGAAAGCUUCACGACGCAACAUGCCCGCAGCCAGCGGAACAACACGGCGCGCGGACUGGCGUCCCUGUUUCAGACGCAGGUUAGCAUGGCGCGGCAGGAGAGCCUGGGGCCAGCGGGGGCGGGGGGCCGUGGCAAUGGCAGCCCCCGGCAACAGGCGCCUGCGCCGCAGCGGCAGGACACGCGGGACAGCGGCGUCGCAAUUGCCGGGCCGGCGGCGCUGCCCGUGGGUCGCCUAGGUAGCAUCACCGGGCCUGCCCCGCGCCUGGCUAGCAAUACCCUCACCCCAGGCACCAGUGCGCACGUCGCGUUCAAUCUGCCCAAUCAGCUCGAAGAUUCGUCACCGGGUCCCCCGGCGGCAAUGGCGGGGUCCUUCACCGUUACUGCCGCUAAGGCUGGUGGCGGCGGAGGCGGAGGCGCCUUGGUGCCGCAGCAGCACUCGCACCUGACCAAUGCCGGCCAAAAUCGGCGGUUCAUGACGCUGAUGCAAUCGGCGGAGCGGCAGCAGCCACCCAGCUUCACGGCGUCAUUGCAGAGCUUCAACACAGAUGGGGAGAAGCCCGAGUCGCGGGGGUUGUUGGCGCAGGAAGAAUGCUGGCAUGACAUCUCAGCAAUCCCGCUUCUGGACCCGGUCCUGGACAAGCAGGUAUACCGGGGGGUGGAGGCAUACGGGGGGGAGGCGUAUGGGGGAAGGGGCGGCACCGCACUGGGGUUGGGCUUGGGAAGCGAGGUGAUACUGCUGCUCCAGACCAACGUCACAGCCCGGGUGGAGCUGGAGAACCGGCUGGCGGACCUGACGGAUGCGCAGCUGGGCAUGUUGGAGCAGCUCUUCCCCCGCCACGUCAUCGAGUAUAUGCUGUCCCACAAACACGGCUACAACUCCCGCAACCUGACCCAUCUGGCCAACCACCACGACGACGUCAUUGUGCUGUUUACGGAUGUGGUGGGCUUCACGUCGAUGAGUAAGGAGGUCGAGCCCAGCGAGGUGAUGCACUUCCUGAACGAGCUGUACACCAUCUUUGACGACCUGGUGGAUAUCCACGACCUGUACAAGCUGGACACCGUGGGCGACUGCUACAUCGUGGUGGCGGGGCUCACCAUGCAGGACGACGACGGCUUCACGUGCACGGUGCAAGGGGACAACGAUCAACGGCUGCACCACGCGGAGGUCAUGAUGGACUUUGCAAAGGCCAUCCUGCGGGAGUCCAAGCAGGUCCUCAUGCCGCACAAUAACAGCCCUGUGCAAAUACGCAUCGGGAUCCACUUUGGCAGCCUGGCCAGCGGCUUGGUGGGGCCCAAGAUGCCCAAGUUCACGCUGUUUGGGGACACGAUGAACACCGCCAGCAGGAUGGAAAGCACCUGCAAGCCAGGAUGCGUCCAGGUUUCGGAGGUGUUUGCGAAGCUGCUUCCGUUCGAGGACUGGCAGGACACGGGUGGCGUGGAGGUCAAGGGAAAAGGACACAUGCAGACCUUUCUGUGGAUCCCCAAACCCGAGGACCUCAUCCCGAGUGGUAUGGGAGGUCGAUCGCCGUGCCGCAGCGGCGAUGGCGGCGGCUCCGUCGGCUCUACGGACGGCGCCAUGGCGCCUGCGGCCAGCGCUGCCAGCUCCGUCACCAACGGCGCGGGACUCGAUGACUUGGCCACGGACCGCACGGACAUGAACAGCACCGGUCGGGCCAGUGCUGCAUCGCUAGUGCGCGCCCGGUCAGCACGUGCCGCCUCCGUUCGACCCAAAUCGAGUCGACCCAAAUCGAGUCGCUACUUCACGCGGCCCUCGACGGCACGGCUUCGGGAAAGCUAUGCUGGUGGCAGUGGCAGCGGUAGCGGCGGCCCUGGCAGCACGAGCCGCCCGAGCACGGCCAGCAGCGGUCUAGGCCGCAUGUCGUCCCUCGGGCGAACCAGCCUCGGCCGGUCUACCACACUCAACCGGUCGAUGUCGCGCCGCAAUGUGAGUUUCCGCUUCCAGGGAGACUUACCGGACGACGAUUUGGGCAUGGAGGAGGAGGAUGCCAACCCCUUCAUGGCCAUUCUCAGCCACAUCCGCGGCAGCAACACGGGCGAGCCAGAGGACGGCGGCGGCGGCGGUGGCGGCGGCAGCGGCAUGGCGUCCGGGCACCGAGACAUUACCGCCGGCUUGCGCAUCUCUAGCGAUGGCGAGAACGAAGGCGACAACAAGCCGCAGCGCAGCGGCCCGCCCCUGGGCGCCAAGCGAGUCAGCAACGGUUACUCGGGAGGAGGGGCCCUGCGUCGGAGCGGCAGCGGCGCGAUGGCGGCGCAGGUCCGGUUGAGCUCCAGUGGGACGCCGCGGAUGAGUAACAAUGGAGGAAUGCGGAUCAGCGGCCCCGGCCAAGGCGCCGGCGCCGGCAGCAGUCCUGGUUACCGGUCUUUAGUGGAGGGCAGCGCGGUGCAGGCAGUGGACGAGACGGAAGCGAUAGACGAGCUGAAGGCGUGCAUGGUGGUGGCCAAGGCGGAGGGCGCGCUGAAGCCCGCCAGGGCCGUACGGUUGACGUUUGCGCCAGAGAUGCAGCUGCCGCUGUCGCCGACGCUAUUAACGCACCUUCCGCAGCAGCAGCAGCAGCAGCCGAAUGCCACGGCGACCACGACAACGAUGGUGGCGAACAAUUAG